GUUUUAUGUUAAGGGGAUGUAGCUCAGAUGGUAGAGCGCUCGCUUAGCAUGCGAGAGGUACCGGGAUCGAUACCCGGCAUCUCCAGAGGGGCGUCUAUUAUUUUCCUAGUAGAUGACACUCGUAUUUUCGGUAUAUUCUCUUCUUUGUUUUUAGCGUGGCGAGAUCGAAGCUCCGUCAUGGCCGCGGCGAGGCGGAGGACUCUCUUCUCGGAUUCGGCAUCGUCGUCGUCGCUGGAGAAGCUGAUCCAGGAAUCCACAGAAUCGGAGGGUAGCAGCAUCAGCCUCAGCGCCAGAUCGUCGCACGGAUCGUCCUCGGCGGAUGAUCUCGACACGGCCGAUCUGCGCCGCCGCGGCUCCAUCGUCAGCUCCUCCUGGUCGUUCGAAGGUGAGAGGGAUUGCGGCGAGAGGAGGAGGGGGAAGAACGCGACGAACAGGAAGAGCAAGAAGGACAUUUUGGGGGAAAUCGAUGGGGAUGAUGCCGAGCACAGUAAUGUGGGCCGAUGCGUCGCUGGAUGCGCCGCGGAUUGCACAGCGCUGUGCUGCUGCCCUCUCACGCUCUUUCACGUCGUUGCGCUGCUCGUCGUCAAGGUCCCCUCCACCAUCGCCGCCAAGAUCUCUAGGUCCUGGAAGGGAAAGAAGAAGAAGGCCAAGAAUCGAUGCUCUCCUCAGCGCAAGCUUGUGUUGAGAGGGGAUUCGGGGAGCUCCACUUCGAGAAUUCCAGCCGCCGCAAGCAUGCCAUCAUCGCCGCCACAUCUAUCGCCUAGUUCUUCGCCGCUGCCUCCACCGCCUUCCAUUCAAGGCUUUGGCCAGCAUUUCUGGAGAGAAUUUGGAUCUGGGCACUCGAGCUUCGCUAGCCCCUGACUGGUAGCUCGCGGGGAAAUAAGUGGGAUUCCAGGGAAGGGUUUCGUUCACGCUGGUGUGAUCGAUCGAUCGACCGCUGGAAUUUGGUGAAUCUCUUCACGGCAAAGCUGGAUCGAUCGAAGCCUCUGCUUUACUGUUUGCCAAAAGCCUAAACGAUCUCUCCAAUCUGUACAUAGUUUCGUUGAAUGGGUCGGUCGGUUACAUUAAUAUUCUCCUCGAGGCUGUGCUUCCAGAAGGAGGAGAUCUGAUCAAUCAGGUCAGAAGAGAUCAAUCAGAUCGCAUCCAAGCUUGUUGGUUGUUUUUUUUUACCGCUGUCGUGUGCCUGUCAUCCCAUUCAUCUCAGCAAAGCACGUAAAAAGUUACACUGUAGAUCAAGCUGCAGGAUUCUCUAGCACUGUCCAGAAAAAGAGCUUGUCCAAUCAUAACAAAUAGCUGACAAGGGAUGGAUCAUUCACAAGAUAUAUUCACUCAACCAAAAAGCUGCCAAUUCGAGCUGGAGAUUUAAAUUAUACAAAAUUGUUGGUUUGCAUGGGUUGAGAAUAUUUUAAAGAUAUUCUUAUUUA